GGGCCGUCAGCGGAAAGCUCCGUUUCUUAUAACUCAUCUGCGAACGUAUUCAGAUCAAAUCACGUAUCUCCAGCGUCCGAGACAUUUAAUCGUGGCCUUCACCCUGUUAGAUAAUAAAGCAAUCACCUUUUUAAAAGGGCUUUUAAAGUGCGGAAUUCGAUGUGACACUAACGCCGCCCACGGAUAAUGACCUCAACUAACCGCAGUAAAACAUCAGCAAAACUAGCAUUCUUCUGUGGUCUGAAAAUAAUGUUUUGACCAAAACUUCCACAUGCGGCAUAUGACUAGUUCAUGGAUGAGAAAAGAAGUGCACGAGUAUAUUCCGGGAGGAAGGGUUGAUGACGUCUGUACCACCCUUAAUGUGACUUAAAGAAAAAAAAAAAGGCAAGUCACUGGAUUCAUGGAUAAAAUCCGUGAGAAUCCGAGCAUAGAGACGAGUGUUUCGGAUAAAGAUAUGCAGACAGACACGGGCUCUCGUUUUCAAGAAACUGCAUUUUGUGCAGAAACAUAGACUAUCGCGAAUAAAGAGUUGAGACUGGACGCGCCCAGGGGAUCGCUGGAAACGACAGAACUGCUUCGGAGAAGUGCUGCGGAGAAGAAAAAAGAUUUAUUAUUAUUAUUAUUUUAUUUGAUUUUUUUUACAAUUCAUUCAGUGACUGCCUCACCCGGAUCGUAUCCGGCACUGAACACUGUCUACCUUACAAUAGAAUGACGAUGUCUAGUAAACCGACUUUAGCAUUCUUCAUCUAUGGAAUUAUAAUGCAUAGCGCCUACUGCUCCCCGGUUGGGCUCGAUUAUCCUAGACUUAGCAUGCGUUUUAACGUUGGUGUAUUAAAGCUCGAAAACGAGGUUUUUGACGAGGACGGAGACACGUUUACGGACUUGGAUUUUGACGGAGAUCAAAUUGCUAUACGAAGCCCUCCCUCCCUCUUUGACAACGUGUACACAUUAUACUACCCUCCCGAAAAGAGAUCUGAAAGACACGCAGAUGGAAUCUUUAAUGAAGCCCACGGGGACGGACUUGGCCAGUUUCUUCAUUCUGCGGUGGCAGAGCGUGCGGGUGGAGGCGGUGUGAAGGAAGGUGACACAGAACCCUUAUCCAAAAGGCAUUCCGAUGGAAUCUUCACAGACAGCUACAGUCGUUACCGAAAACAAAUGGCGGUGAAAAAGUAUCUAGCAGCGGUUCUGGGAAGAAGGUACAGACAGAGAAUUAAAAACAAAGGCCGCCGUUUCUCCUAUUUGUAGCGUCAACAAUCCAAACAGCCCAUCUGUCCGGCCCUAUAAGAUCAAAUCGUUCUGAGCAGUGGAUUGCGCCUGUGUUCUUUAAACGUGUAUUUAUGUAUGAAGUAAAGCCAUUAAAAUGAAUAUUUUAAUAAUA